CAUUGUCAAAUCAGCUGAGAGAAGUGGGUGCUGAAAAUUCGCCAGUUUCCCAGAAAAAACAUGCAAAAACCUCCGCUAUGCAUUACUUAGAUAUUUUACGUCAAGCACCCACGCACCAGGCACGAGGUAGAAUGUGAUCUCUGGCUGCGUCCGGUUGAAAACUUUAAAUAUUGGUCAGUCUUGCGCCAGUCGUCGCUUAGAGAGGAGUUCGCGCGUAGUUUGAAAGAUCGCGAUGGCUUCGCUAGCCGUGUUUGAUUUCGACCGUACGAUCGUGGAUGCGGAUUCUGAUGCCACCAUAAUAAGUAGAUUGCGGGAACGGAAGCCGCCUCCGGAGUGGGAAUCUGGAAACCAUGACUGGACGCCUUAUAUGAGCGAUGUAUUCGAGCACGCCUACUCAGCAGGGCUGCACCAAGACGACAUCCUGGACUCUAUCGGCUCCAUGCAGCCCACCCCUGGCAUGGAGCGGUUGCUGUCGACCCUGGCUGCUGAGGGCUGGGACAUUCUGCUGGUGACUGACGCGAAUAGCGUCUUUGUGAAGCAUUGGCUGAAGGUGCAUGGUUUAGAGGACGCCGUGACUUCAGUGAUCACCAACCGCGCGUUCUGGCAGGCCGGCCGUCUGUACAUCGAGCCGUGCAUGCGCCAGACGGCCUGUGCCCGCUGUCCGUCCAACCUGUGCAAGUCUCUGGCGCUAGCACAGUUCUGCAGCGGUCGGCCGCCGUAUGCACGAGUCAUGUAUAGCGGCGAUGGCAGAAACGAUUACUGUCCGUCGACGAAUCUACCUCCGCAUGCCGUGGUGUUCCCGCGCCGCGGCUAUCCCUUGGACGACCUCAUCAAGAAGACCUUAUCCUCGCCGACUCCCCAGGUCAAAGCCAAGGUGGUCCCUUGGGAGCACUGUGAUACCAUCCUCCGGGAACUGUUCCCGGGGAAGAUUGUGUAGUUUGUAGUUAGUGAUGUUUUACAAGUAACUGUGCACCUGGCUGUGACGUCACAUCGUUCGUGGCGUAGUGUGAGUUUACGUCAAACGCUUUCGAUAUCGACUACGUUAAAAAAUAUAUGAAGAUUUUAGUUCUUGAAAGUUUCCGCUAGGGGCGCUGUUCGUUUCAGCCGAAAGACGUCCACUGCUGGACAAAAGCCUCCCCCAAGGAUAUCCACAAAGACCGGUCCUGCGCCGCUUGCAUCCAGGCACCUCCCGCGACCUUCAACAGAAUGGGCCUCAUAAGAAGGCUCAAGGUCACCCAAAGAGCGGUGGAGCGUGCUAUGCUCGGAGUUUCCCUGCGUGAUCGAAUCAGAAACGAGGAGAUCCGCAGGAGAACCAGAGUGACUGACAUAGCCCGCAGAAUCGCUAAAAUCAAAUGGCAGUGGGCGGGGCACAUAGCUCGUAGAGCUGAUGGCCGCUGGGGCAGGAAAGUUCUUGAGUGGCGACCACGAGCCGGAAGACGUAGCGUGGGCAGGCCUCCCACUAGGUGGACCGACGAUCUGGUGAAGGGGCGCUGUAGAAUCCGUCACACAAUGUCACUUUUUCACACAGUCGAUAUCGAAUGCGUUUCGAGGGGAGGUGCGCAGUAAAUUUGACCGGGUUGUACUAAAGUAACAACAUUGGGAGAAAUCAUUAUCUUUGAGGCAGUUGAUCUGCCAAAUGGUUACUACUUUAACUUGAAUCUAAAAUUAUGAUGUACGUACAGUCAGCGUCAAAUAGUUCGAGACACCCAAAGUAGCCAAAAAGUUCGCAACACGUCUUUGUUACAAUGAGGGCUAUCGUUUUUAUACUUAACAGUUGGCACCCCUGGCAAUUGACAGGACCUUACUCUACAGUGGCGCCAUCUUGAUGAGUGCAAAUGCGAUAGUCCUACCACUUUAGCGCUCACCAGUUGGUGCCACUGUCUUCGCUACUAGCAAGUGACAGGACCUUACUCUACAGUGGCGCCAUCUUGAUGAGUGCAAAUGCGUUAGUCCUCCUACCACUUUAGCGCUCACCAGUUGGCGCCACUGUCUUCGCUACUAGCAAGUGACAGGACCUUACUCUACAGUGGCGCUAACUGGUGAGCGCUAAAACGAUAGCCCUCAUUGGAAUAAGGUUGUGUUGUCACUUUUUGGCCACUUUGGGUGUCACAAACUAUUUGACGCUGACUACUGUUUUGGUCCACGUGUGGUUUUGUUUUCCAAGGCAAUGUAUCAUCAUAAAAUAAAUAAAUCAUCGAGCCUCUCUGCCCAGUGUAGCAAUAAAAAACCUCGGUAACCGCCCUGCCUGGUAAAACCACAGAAGUAAUAAUUUUCUGUGGUCUUAUCAGCUCUGGAUAUUAUGAUUUUUCUAGGUAAAAAAUGGUAAAGUCCGGUCGCCGAGCAGAUAGAAUUUCGUCCAAUGACCCCAAGCUACCCAUCCUUAUCGCUUGCUGUCGCGCUCGCACACUCACUGCGGCCGCUCGUCGCACAGUUGCGACACCAAUAUAAUUACGCGCGAGCGAUAAGGAUGGGUAGCUUGGGGUCAUUGUACGAAAUUCUAUCUGCUCGGCGACCGGACUUUAGUAGCACUUAAAAAGUAAAUUACUCAGAUACUACGGUAACUAAAGCAGUAGGAUAUACAGUAGAACGCCGAUUAUCCGAAUUAAUUGGGACCGGGGUCGAUUCGGAUAAUCGAAAAUUCGGAUAAUCGGACAUAGACUGGUAUUAGAGAAAAACCAACUGUCACACAUAGAAUAAACUUUAAUUAGUUUAACAAACAGAUAUAUUUCUACUUGGCGUUAUUGUAGAACUGCUACAAUAACGCUCAGUUGAAAUAUAUCCGAAUUCCAACAAAAAAAUCAAAAAUUACUUGGUUUUAAUUUUUUAUAUUACGCUUAGGACCGAUCGGUUAAUCGGCGUUCGGAUAAUCGACGUUCUACUGUACUUAAAAGCAGAAAAUAGUCAAUUAACUAGAUUAAUUAAUAUUCUUCCAACACAUUCAAUGUUAUAAAAGAAAAUUAAAUAUUGUAAGUUUGGUUCUAAGAAUGUAUUAUAAUUAUUAUGUACUGUUUGACAUUAUUUUGAUAUUUCAGAACAUUACAAUUUAUUUCCGUCCAUUUUUAAUAUGUUUAAAGCAAAAUUCAACUUUUUUGUUUUGUAAAAGUCUCGUAUAAUUUUCUUAUUUUUAACAAUUCAGAUUUUUAAUGUAAUGUCCCAAUUUUUAAUGUUUUUGUGUCAGGGUUACUGUUACAUUGUUUUUUAAAUAAAAAGUUUAAUUAAUUAUUUAAAUUGUUUAAAAAAAGCUGCAGGCACAGCUAGUGAUAAAAAAGUUGUCAGUUUUUUUCUACUAAUUUCUUCCAUUUAAAAAACUUAGUUAAUUUAUAGUCAAUUAUUUUUAGUAUUAAAUUAUUUUAACUUGAUAUCGUGGGCUAAGUCCUCGUGUACUUAUUUAUAUUAAUUUGUGAUCUGAAUA